CUGAGUGAGGCAAGGGGUAGGCAGUCCUACAGGAGUACGGAACAGCAUGGACUGCUAACACUGUCACAACUUUCUCACAUCGCUGGCAAAACUCCUCGGUGGCGGAGUAACAAGAAACUGCAUGAUCAAAACAACCCAAUGGAGACUAAGAUUUAGACAGAAGAGCUUUUCAUAAAGGAUCAUGCCUGGUGUCCGCAGCGGGAGGAGGCUCUCUAAUGGGCUGUUGCUGGAGCAAUCAGAGAAAGGACAAUUGGUCGUUUCCAGUGUUGUCGAUGGCUCCUUGGCCAAUCAGGGGCUGAAAGAAGGAGAUGAAAUUGUGGGUGCCACAAUCAACUUUGACCAACUGUCGAAAGACGAUGUGUUGAAAAUACUGAGGUUGAUGGAUGAUAAUGGAUUUGAUGAGAAGGUUCAAGUUCUGACAAAAAAUAAUUUGCGCAAGAGUAUGGGGACCUUGGACAGCAUCAAAGCACCAGAGGAGAUGUUGAAGGAUUCCUAUAACAGACUCAAUGCCAAAAUAAAGAGGUUCAUGAAGGAGGACAGCUCUGGACAACCUACAGCUUCUGGGGAAAGAUGCUCUCCUAACGCGCAGGUACCUAGACCUCUCUGGGCCAAGCCUGAUGUCAGAGGAACAGACUCUACAGUGACUCUCAAUAAUCCUGGUGGAGAACUUUCGUUGCCUAAUACCAACAUGAAUACAAGGGAUCUCUUCCUAGCUCAAUUGAAUGGGUCUAUAGAGGCUGAUCCUGAUGUCAAUAUCUCCAAUUUACCUUCAGUAGACCUUAAAGGUUCCAAAAUAGAUCUAGAAUUGCCAAAUUCAGACAUUGGCAUCCCAUCUGGGAAGAUCAAAACACCAAGUCUUGGUAUGCCUGACUUUGCUAUAUCUGGACCAAGAUUUAGGAAUCCAGACCUGGACCUCUCAGUGGAUGAGAUGUGUGUAUCAGAUAUCAGUUUGCCUGACCUCAAUAGUCCAGAUAUUGACAUACCCCCAGGUAAAUUCAAACUAACGAAACCACAUGCAGAACUCAAAGCUUCUGAUUUUGAUGUGAAUGCCCCCUCUGGUAAACUGAAGAUGCCCAAAUUUGAUAAUGAUGUAAAAACACCAAAGCUACUUCUCAAAGCUCCCAAGAUAAAAGGUGGACUUGAUGCACCUGACUUGGACUUACCCAAAGUCGACCUGAAAUCACCUAAAUUAAAUGUAAACACUCCAGAUAUUGACAUUGAUUCACCCACAGGGAAAUUGAAAAUGCCCAACUUGAAAAUGUCAACAUUUGGAAUGAAGGGACCACAUAUUGACAAACAUGGAGAUAUAGAGGGACCAAACCUGAACUUGUCAUCUCCCCAACUCAAGGGUCCCAAAGCAGACCUCAACAUUCCAGAUGCUGAUAUUGGCCGCCCAUCAGGAAAAUUCAAAAUGCCAACUUUCAAGAUGCCAGAUUUAGGUUCCUCUGGACCAAAGGUUAAGGGGUCUGACUUUGAUCUUUCAGCCCCCAAGUUUAAAGCUGGGAUUGAUUCCCCUAACAUGGAUUUACCAGACAUGGACCUCAAAGCCCCUAAAUUAGAUGUAAACACUCCAGAUAUUGACAUUGAUUCACCCACAGGGAAAUUGAAAAUGCCCAAAUUGAAAAUGUCAACAUUUGGAAUGAAGGGGCCACAUAUUGACAAAGAUGGAGACAUUGAAGGACCAGACCUGAACUUGUCAUCUCCCCAACUCAAGGGUUCCAAAUUAGACCUCAACAUUCCAGAUGCUGAUAUUGGCCACCCAUCAGGAAAAUUCAAAAUGGCAACUAUCAAGAUGCCACAUUUAGGUUCCUCUGGACCAAAGGUUAAGGGGCCUGGCUUUGAUCUUUCAGCCCCCAAGUUUAAAGCUGGGAUUGAUGCCCCUGACAUGGAUUUACCAGACAUGGACCUCAAAGCCCCUAAAUUAGAUUUAAACACUCCAGAUAUUGACAUUGAUUCACCCACAGGGAAAUUGAAAAUUCCCAAAUUGAAAAUGUCAACAUUUGGAAUGAAGGGGCCACAUAUUGACAAACAUGGAGAUAUAGAGGGACCAGACCUGAACUUGUCAUCUCCCAAACUCAAGGGUCCCAAAGCAGAACUCAACAUUCCAGAUGCUGAUAUUGGCCGCCCAUCAGGAAAAUUCAAAAUGCCAACUUUCAAGAUGCCACAUUUAGGUUCCUCUGGACCAAAGGUUAAGGGGUCUGGCUUGGAUCUUUCAGCCCCCAAGUUUAAAGCUGGGAUUGAUGCCCCUGACAUGGAUUUACCAGACAUGGACCUCAAAGCCCCUAACUUAGAUGUAAUCACUCCAGAUAUUGACAUUGAUUCACCCACAGGGAAAUUGAAAAUUCCCAAAUUGAAAAUGUCAACAUUUGGAAUGAAGGGGCCACAUAUUGACAAACAUGGAGAUAUAGAGGGACCAGACCUGAACUUGUCAUCUCCCAAACUCAAGGGUUCCAAAUUAGACCUCAACAUUCCAGAUGCUGAUAUUGGCCAUCCAUCAGGAAAAUUCAAAAUGCCAACUUUCAAGAUGCCACAUUUAGGUUCCUCUGGACCAAAGGUUAAGGGGCCUGACUUUGAUCUUUCAGCCCCCAAGUUUAAAGCUGGGAUUGAUGCCCCUAACAUGGAUUUACCAGACAUGGACCUCAAAGCCCCUAAAUUAGAUGUAAACACUCCAGAUAUUGACAUUGAUUCACCCACAGGGAAAUUGAAAAUGCCCAAACUGAAAAUGUCAACAUUUGGAAUGAAGGGGCCACAUAUUGACAAAUAUGGAGGCAUAGAAGGACCAGACCUGAACUUGUCAUCUCCCCAACUCAAGGGUUCCAAAUUAGACCUCAACAUUCCAGAUGCUGAUAUUGGCCGCCCAUCAGGAAAAUUCAAAAUGCCAACUUUCAAGAUGCUAGAUUUAGGUUUCUCUGGACCAAAAGUUAAGGGGCCUGACUUGGAUCUUUCAGCCCCCAAGUUGAAAGGGGGAAUCAGUCCCCUAGAUCUGAAUCUGCCAGAUCUCAAAGGCCCCAAACUAGGCCUAAAUGCACCAGAUGUAAACUGUAAUAUGCCCUCAGGUAAAAUCAAAGUUCCUACAUUGAAGAAACCAAAGGUUGAUCUGAAUGCUCCUGAUCUGGACAUUGAUGGCCCCUCUGGUAAACUGAAAAUGCCCAAAUUUGGGCUGUCUGGUAAAAUGCCAAAAUCCACAAAACUUAAUCUCAAAGCCCCAAAGCUAAAGGGGGGAAUUGAUUCCCCAGACUUGAAUUUACCAGAUGCUGACCUCAAAGCCCCUAAACUAGAUAGAAAUUCCCCCGAUCUUGACAUCAAUGCAUCCUCUGGGAAAUUCAAAAUGCCCAAAUUCAAAAUGUCUAAAUUCAGAGGCCUAAAAAGACCAGAUGUUGACAUUGAUGGAGACUUAGAGGGUGCAGAUAUAGAUAUCAAUGCCCCCACAGCUAACCUCAAAGGUCCCAAAACAGGUCUAAAAAUGCCAGAUUUGAAGAUGCCUGAUUUCAGGCUAUCUGGGCACAAUGUAGAUAAACCGAACUAUGACUUACCUGAUAUUGAUCUCUCAGCCCCAAAGCUAAAGGGAGGUAUCAAUCCCCCAGAUUUGAAACUACCUAAAGGUAAAAUCAAAGGACUAAAACUAGACCUCAAUGAUCCAGAUUUGGAUGUUGACGCUCCCUCAGGAAAACUGAAAAUGCCCAAAUUUGGACACUCAGGCACUAUGCCAAAAGGACCAAAUGUGGACAUAAAUGCAGGUGCAAAAUCACCAAAGUUCAGUCUAAAUAUGCCAAAGAUAAAAGCUGGGAUUGAUGCACCUGACAUGGAUUUACCAGACAUGGACCUCAAAGCCUCUAAAUUAGAUGUAAACACUCCAGAUAUUGACAUUGAUUCACCCACAGGGAAAUUCAAAAUGCCGAAUUUGAAAAUGCCUACAUUUGGAAUGAAGGGGCCACACAUUGACAAAGUUGGAGAUAUAGAGGGACCAGACCUGAAGUUGUCAUCUCCCAAACUCAAGGGUCCCAAAGCAGACCUCAACAUUCCAGAUGCUGAUAUUGGCAGUCCAUCAGGAAAGUUCAAAAUGCCAACUUUCAAGAUGCCAGAUUUAGGUUCCUCUGGACCAAAGGUUAAGGGGACUGACUUGGAUCUUUCAGCCCCCAAGUUGAAAGGGGGAAUCAGUCCCCUAGAUCUGAAUCUGCCAGAUCUCAAAGGCCCCAAACUAGGCCUAAAUGCACCAGAUGUAAACUGUAAUAUGCCCUCAGGUAAAAUCAAAGUUCCUACAUUGAAGAAACCAAAGGUUGAUCUGAAUGCUCCUGAUCUGGACAUUGAUGGCCCCUCUGGUAAACUGAAAAUGCCCAAAUUUGGGCUGUCUGGUAAAAUGCCAAAAUCCACAAAACUUAAUCUCAAAGCCCCAAAGAUAAAGGGGGGAAUUGAUUCCCCAGACAUGAAUUUACCAGAUGCUGACCUCAAAGCCCCUAAACUAGAUGGAAAUGCCCCCGAUUUUGACAUCAAUGCACCUUCUGGGAAAUUGCAAAUGCCCAAAUUGAAAAUGCAUAAAUUCAGAGGCCUAAAGGGACCAGAUGUUGACAUAGAUGGAGACUUAGAGGGCCCAGAUAUAGAUAUCAAUUCCCCCACAGCUAACCUCAAAGAUCCCAAAACAGGUCUAAAAAUGCCUGAUUUGAAGAUGCCUGAUUUCAGGCUAUCUGGCCCUUAUGUAGAUAAACCUGACCAUGAUUUACCUGAUAUUGACUUCUCAGCCCCAAAGCUAAAAGGGGGCAUCAAUCCCCCAGAUUUGAGACUACCUAAGGGUCAUCUCAAAGGGCCCAAAUUAGAUCUCAAUGCUCAAGAUUUUGAUGUUGAUGCUCCAUCUGGUAAACUGAAAAUGCCCAAAUUUGGGCUUUCAAGUACAAUGCCAAAAGGACCAAAUGUGGACAUAAAUGCAGGUGCGAAAUCACCAAAGUUCAGUCUACAAAUGCCAAAGAAUAAAGGUGGGAUUGAUGCCCCUGGUGUGGAUCUACCAGACAUUGACCUCAAAGCCCCUAAAUUAGAUGUAAACACUCCAGAUAUAGACAUUCAUUCGCCCACAGGGAAAUUCAAAAUGCCCAAUCUGAAAAUGCCUAAAUUUGGAAUGAAAGGACCAAAUAUUGAUCUAGAUGGAGAUAUAGAGGGACCAGACUUGAAUUUGUCAUCUCCCAAACUCAAGGGUCCCAAAGCAGACCUCAACAUUCCAGAUGCUGAUAUUGACAGUCCAUCAGGAAAAUUCAAAAUGCCAACUUUCAAGAUGCCAGAUUUAGGUUUAUCUGGACCAAAGUUUAAGGGGCCCGACUUAGAUCUUUCAGCCCCCACGUUUAAAGGGGGAAUUAGUCACCCAGAUUUGGAUCUGCCAGAUGUUGCCCUCAAAGGUCCCAAACUAGACCUCAAUGCACCAGAUGUGAACUUUAAUAUGCCCUCAGGUAAAGUCAAAGUACCUACAUUGAAGAAUACAAAGGUUGAUCUGAAUGCUCCUGAUAUGGACAUCGAUGGCCCCUCUGGUCACCUGAAAAUGCCCACAUUCUUGCUGCCUGGUACAAUGUCAAAAUCCCCAGUCUUGAGGCUCAAAGCUUCAAACAUUAAGGGGGAAUUGAUGUUCCAGACAUGCAUUUACCAGAUGCUGACCUCAAAGCCCCUGAACAUGAUGCAUGUGAAGGCCCCUCCUCCAGCCUCCCUACGCGCAGCCCUUCCCAACACCAUGAGCACCGGAGCGGAAGUGCUGGGAGGUGGAACUGACAGAGCCCCCUCAGGACGUCCACGGAUGACCAGCAGGUUAUCCAACCUGAUGGACAUAUCCACCAGUUGGUCAAAGGUAGUGGUGGCAUCCCUGCAGGCCAACUCCCGUCGGACGUCCUCACCUCUACCUUCGGGCGGUUGGUCAAAGACGGCCCAGAAACGGCGGGUAAACUCCUCGAAGUGGUCCAACGCCGAGUCUUCCUCUCCCCACGCGGCGUUUGCCCACUCCAGAGCUCUCCCCGACAGGCAUGAGACGAGGGCGGAUACUCUCUCCCUUCCUGAGGGAGCUGGGCUCUGCUGUGAAAACAUCAGAAGGAUCAUGCCUGGUCACCGUAGGGGAAGGAGCCUCUCUGAGGGGCUGAUGCUGGAGGAAUCAGAAAAGGGAGGAUUGGUCGUCUCCAGCGUUAUCGGUGGCUCCUCUGGCAAUCAGGGUCUCAAAGAAGGAGAUGAAAUUGUGGGUGCCACAAUCAACUUUGACCAACUGUCGAAAGACGAUGUGUUGAAAAUACUGAAGCUGAUGGAUGAUAAUGGAUUUGAUGAGAAGGUUCAAGUUCUGACAAAAAAUAAUUUGAGCAAGAGUAUGGGGACCUUGGACAGCAUCAAAGCACCAGAGGAGAUGCUGAAGGAUUCAUAUAAUAGACUCUACAAUGCCAAAAUAAAUAGGUUCAUGAAGGAUGACAGCCCUGGACAACCUGCAGGUGCUGGGGAAAGAGGCUCCCAUAAUGGACAGGUGAAGGGCAAGGGGCCGAGACCUCUCUGGGGCAAACCUAAAGUUAAAGGUGACCUCAAACCCCCUGUCCUCACCAUGGAUUACCCAGUUGUGGAGACACCACACAAAGUAGAUGCUCCUACCUACCUAGAGUCUCCAGACCUCAAAUUCUCUGCUCCAAAGUUAAAGGUUCCUAAACUUGAUGUCAAAGGAGCGGUACCUGAUGCUCGCGGUGGAGAACUUUCAUUGCCUAAUGCCAACAUUAGUACAUCAGAUCUCUCCCUGCCUCAUUUGAAUGGGUCACUAAACAUUGAUGCUCCACCAGUUAACCUGGAAAGGCCAUAUCUUGAAACUGAUAUAGAUGCUAUCGAUGCUCCAGAAUUUGAUAUGUCUUUGCCCAAAGAUGACCUCAAAGGCCCUGAUCUUGACCUGAAAGUUAUAGAUCCACUUCCCAAAGUUAGAGGAGAUAUCAAUGUCCCGGAAGCAGAGCUCAAUCUACCAGAGGGGGUUGUCACUGGACCUACUUUAAAUAUCAAUGCCCCAACGCUUGAUAAUGAAAGAACAGGCAAAAUGUUCAAAAUGCCCAAAUUUAAGAUGCCUGACUUGGGUCUCUCUGGACCCAGUGUAAAUGUACCCAGCCUUGAGGUUGGUACACCAAAUAUGAGGAUCCCAGAUAAAGAUAUGCCAGGAGUUAAUCUUAAAGGUCCCCAACUAGACCUACAAGCACCAGAUGUUAAUCUCAAAGGUCCUAAUCUAGACCUGCAAGCCCCAGAUGUCAGCAUGAUGAAUAUGCCUUCAAGUAAAAUCAGAGUCCGGUCCUCCAAGAAACUGAAAAACCCAAACCUUGAUGUGGAUGAUCCCUCUGGUUAUUUUGAAUUGCCUAAGGUUAGGCUCUCUCGCAGAGUACCAAAAGGGCCAGAUUUAGACAUUGAUUCCGUUUUAAAGACCCAAGACAUGCAUCUUAAAACCUCUUUGAUUGGUGCCCCUGACCUGAAUGUCCCUGAUGUAGAUUUACCUUCAGUAGACAUUAAAGGUUCCAAAAUAGAUCUAGAGUUGCCAGAUGCAAACAUUGGUAUCCCAUCUGGGAAGAUCAAAACACCAAGUCUUGAUAUGCCUGACUUUGAUAUAUCUGGACCAAGAGUUAGGACUCCAGACCUGGACCCCUCAGCGGAUGAGAUGUGUCUAUCAGAUGUCUAUUUGCCUGACCUCAGUACUCCCGAUAUCGGCAUAACCUCAGGUAAAUUCAAACUAACGAAACCACAUGCAGAACUCAAAGCUCCUGAUUUCAACGUGGAUGCCCCCUCUGGUAAACUGAAGAUGCCCAAAUUUGGCUUCUCUGGCCUAAAAAGACCAGAUCUGGGCAUUGAUGCUGAUGUAAAAACACCAACGCUAAGUCUCAAAGCUCCCAGGAUAAAAGGUGGACUUGAUGCACCUGACUUGGACUUACCCAAAGUCGACCUGAAAUCACCUAAAAUGGAUGCAAACACUCCAGAUAUUGACAUUGAUGCACAUUCAGGAAAAUUCAAAGUGCCAACAUUUAAGAUGCCUAAAUGUACCCUUUCGGGCCCUAGAGGGCCAGAGGUUGGCAUUGAUGGAGAGUUGGAUGGACCAGACCUGAGCUUAUCAUCUUCCAAAUUAAAACAGCCAGAUGUGGAUGUUGGUAGUCCAUCUGGAAAAUUCAAGAUGCCAAUAUUUAAAAUGCCAGACUUUGGCUUCUCAGGCCCAGAUGUUCAAGGGCCUGACUUUGAGGUAAAGAAUCCAAACUUGAAUCUUUCAGCCCCCAAGUUUAAAGGGGGAAUUAGUCACCCAGAUUUGGAUCUGACAGAUGUAGACCUCAAAUGCCCCAAAUUAGACCUCAAUGCACCAGAUGUAAACUUUAAUAUGCCCUCAGGUAAAGUCAAAGUACCUACAUUGAAGAAACCAAAGGUUGAUCUGAAUGCUCCUGAUCUGGACGGCCCCUCUGGUAACCUGAAAAUGCCCAAAUUUGGGCUGUCUGGUAAAAUGCCAAAAUCUCCCAAAUUGAAUCUCAAAGCUCCAAAGAUGAAGGGGGGAAUUAAUUUUCCAGACCUGAAUUUACCAGAUGCUGACCUCAAAGCCGCUAAACUAGACAUGACUGCUCCAGAUCUUGACAUCAAUGCACCCUCAGGGAAAUUCAAAAUGCCUAAAUUCCGAGGCCUGAAAGGACCAAAUGUUGACAUUAAUGGCGCUAUAGAGGGACCAGAUCUGAACUUGUCAUCUCCCAAACUCAAGGGUCCCAAAGCAGACCUCAACAUUCCAGAUGUUGAUAUUGACAGUCCAUCGGGAAAAUUCAAAAUGCCAACUUUCAAGAUGCCACAUUUAGGUUUAUCUGGACCAAAGGUUAAGGGGCCUGACUUGGAUCUUUCAGCCCCCAAGUUUAAAGGGGGAAUUAGUCACCCAGAUUUGGAUCUGCCAGAUGUUGACCUCAAAGGCCCCAAACUAGACCUCAAUGCACCAGAUGUAAACUUUAAUAUGCCCUCAGGUAAAGUCAAAGUACCUACAUUGAAGAAACCAAAGAUUGAUCUUAAUGCUCCUGAUCUGGGCAUUGAUGGCCCCUCUGGUCACCUGAAAAUGCCCAAAUUUGGGCUGUCUGGUAAAAUGCCAAAAUCUCCCAAAUUGAAUCUCAAAGCUUCAAAGAUGAAGGGGGGAAUUGAUUUUCCAGACCUGAAUUUACCAGAUGCUGACCUCAAAGCCGCUAAACUAGACAUGACUGCUCCAGAUCUUCACAUCAAUGCACCCUCAGGGAAAUUCAAAAUGCCUAAAUUCAGAGGCCUGAAGGGACCAAAUGUUGACAUUAAUGGCGCUAUAGAGGGACCAGAUAUGAACUUGUCAUCUGCCAAACUCAAGGGUCCCAAAGCAGACCUCAACAUUCCAGAUGCUGAUAUUGACAGUCCAUCAGGAAAAUUCAAAAUGCCAACUUUCAAGAUGCCAGAUUUAGGUUUAUCUGGACCAAAAGUUAAGGGGCCGGACAUGGAUCUUUCAGCCCCCAAGUUUAAAGGGGGAAUUAGUCACCCAGAUUUGGAUCUGCCAGAUGUUGACCUCAAAGGCCCCAAAAUAGACCUCAAUGCACCAGAUGUAAACUUUAAUAUGCCCUCAGGUAAAGUCAAGGUACCUACAUUGAAGAAACCAAAGGUUGAUCUUAAUGCUCCUGAUCUGGACAUUGAUGGCCCCUCUGGUCACCUGAAAAUGCCCAAAUUUGGUCUGUCUGGUAAAAUGCCAAAAUCUCCCAAAUUGAAUCUCAAAGCUUCAAAGAUGAAGGGGGGAAUUGAUUUUCCAGACCUGAAUUUACCAGAUGCUGACCUCAAAGCCGCUAAACUAGACAUGACUGCUCCAGAUCUUGACAUCAAUGCACCCUCAGGGAAAUUCAAAAUGCCUAAAUUCAGAGGCCUGAAGGGACCAAAUGUUGACAUUAAUGGUGCUAUAGAGGGACCAGAUAUGAACUUGUCAUCUCCCAAACUCAAGGGUCCCAAAGCAGACCUCAACAUUCCAGAUGCUGAUAUUGACAGUCCAUCAGGAAAAUUCAAAAUGCCAACUUUCAAGAUGCCAGAUUUAGGUUUAUCUGGACCAAAGGUUAAGGGGCCUGACAUGGAUCUUUCAGCCCCCAAGUUUAAAGGGGGAAUUAGUCACCCAGAUUUGGAUCUGCCAGAUGUUGACCUCAAAGGCCCCAAAAUAGACCUCAAUGCACCAGAUGUAAACUUUAAUAUGCCCUCAGGUAAAGUCAAGGUACCUACAUUGAAGAAACCAAAGGUUGAUCUUAAUGCUCCUGAUCUGGACAUUGAUGGCCCCUCUGGUCACCUGAAAAUGCCCAAAUUUGGGCUGUCUGGUAAAAUGCCAAAAUCUCCCAAAUUGAAUCUCAAAGCUUCAAAGAUGAAGGGGGGAAUAGAUUUUCCAGACCUGAAUUUACCAGAUGCUGACCUCAAAGCCGCUAAACUAGACAUGACUGCUCCAGAUCUUGACAUCAAUGCACCCUCAGGGAAAUUCAAAAUGCCUAAAUUCAGAGGCCUGAAGGGACCAAAUGUUGACAUUAAUGGUGCUAUAGAGGGACCAGAUAUGAACUUGUCAUCUCCCAAACUCAAGGGUCCCAAAGCAGACCUCAACAUUCCAGAUGCUGAUAUUGACAGUCCAUCAGGAAAAUUCAAAAUGCCAACUUUCAAGAUGCCAGAUUUAGGUUUAUCUGGACCAAAAGUUAAGGGGCCUGACUUGGAUCUUUCAGCCCCCAAGUUUAAAGGGGGAAUUAGUCACCCAGAUUUGGAUCUGCCAGAUGUUGACCUCAAAGGCCCCAAAUUAGACCUCAAUGCACCAGAUGUAAACUUUAAUAUGCCUUCCGGUAAAGUCAAAGUACCUACAUUGAAGAAACCAAAGGUUGAUCUGAAUGCUCCUGAUCUGGACAUUGAUGGCCCCUCUGGUCACCUGAAAAUGCCCAAAUUUGGGCUGUCUGGUAAAAUGCCAAAAUCCACCAAACUUAAUCUCAAAGCACCAAAGCUAAAGGGGGGAAUUGAUUCACCAGACAUGAAUUUACCAGAUGCUGACCUCAAAGCCCCUAAACUAGAUGUGAAUAGCCCAGAUCUUUACAUAAAUGCACCUUCUGGGAAAUUCAAAAUGCCCAAAUUUAAAAUGCCUAAAUUCAGGGGCCUAAAGAGACCAGAUGUUGACAUUGAUGGAGACUUAGACGGCCCAGAAAAAGAUAUCAAUGCCCCCACAGCUAAUCUCAAAGGACCCAAAACAGGUCUAAAAAUGCCUGAUUUGAAGAUGCCUGAUUUCGGGCUAUCUGGGCCAAAUGUAGAUGCACCUGAUUAUGACUUACCUGAUAUUGAUCUCUCAGCCCCAAACCUAAAAGGGGGAAUCAGCCCCCCAGAUUUGAGACUACCUAAGGAGCAUCUCAAUGGGCCCAAACUAGACCUCAAUGAUCCAGAUAUGCCCUCAGGUAGAUUCAGAGUUCCAACCAUAGAGAGGCAAAAUGGUAGCAUCAAAACCCCUGGUUUUGACAUCAGCACUCCUACAUUCAAAAUGCCCGGAAUGCCUAAAUUUAUGUUGUCUAGACCAAAAAGACCAGAUCAAGACAUAAGUGCUGACAUAGGUUUGAAAUUGUCAAAGAUGAAAGGUGGGAUUGGUUCACCGGACCUGGACCUACCUACAGUUGACCUAGAAGCCCCUAAGAUAGAUGUAGACACUCCAGAUAUGAACAUUGAUUCCCCCUCUGGGAAUUUCAAAAUGCCCCACCUCAAAAUGCCUAAAUUCAGCCUUUCUGGUCUGAAUGGUCCAGAUGCUGGAAUAGAUGGAGACAUUGAUGGACCGGACCUGAGCUUGUCAGCCCCGAAAGUAAACACAGGGAUCGGUAGUCCAGAUUUAGACAUAAAUGUUCCCUCUGGAAAUCUCAACGGCCCCCAAGCUGAUCUCAAUUUGCCAGACAGUGACAUUGCUAUACAAUCUCGAAAAUUCAAACUGCAAUCCUUUAAAUUGCCUCAGUUUGGAAGUCCAAAUCUAAGGGCAGGUACAGAUAUGGACUUUAUGAAAACACAUGACAUUUCUCCUCCAAAGGCUAAAGUGGAUCUAAAAGCACCAGACUUGAAAGUUAGUCACCCAGAUGUCAGCCUGAGCUUACCCAAAGCUGAUAUCAGAGGCCCAGAAUACAAAGUGUCAUCUCAUAGUAAACGCAGAUCUGAUAUCCCAGGUGGAGCGCAUUUAAAAUUGCAAGCGAUGGACAUAGAUACCGAAGAGACACUGCCACACACUGAUAGGAAGUCUAGGAAGGUCAAAGGAAGGGCCAGUUAUCCCAUUGCAGAUAUUGACUUGCCAAAAGUUGAGUACAAAGCAUCUGGUUUGGAGCUGCGAGGUUCAGACCUUAACGAUCCCACAGGGAAAUUAAAAAUUCCCAAAUCUAAGACUAAAUUGGGUAGUCAUACAAGAAUACCAGACCUUGAUGUAGACUCAAGUCUUGCCAGUAUUUAUGCCUCAGUCCCUAAACUCCCACAUCCAGGGUAUGGAGUAGAGGUUUCACAGACAGAUUUAAAUUUGAGCAGAACUGACCUCAAGGGCAAUAAACAUCAUAGAAAAGCCCCAGCUGGUGAAACUGGCAGAACAAAAAGGAGAAGUCCAAAACAGUCUGAAAUUGUCAUUUCUAUGCCAAAUUGUACUCAUGGUUCAAACCCCAAAAUGUCUGAAGAUCAAGAAGGAUAUUUUGUCACUGCGUUUCCCAAACAUGUCAAAGGGGAUGUACCAGACGGAACUGGGAGCCUGAAAAAUCGGCACAAGGAAGAGUCAAACCGUCAAUCUCAAACACUCAGAAGUCUCGAUUUCAGUGCACCAAAUGUGGACCUUGAAGUUCCAGAAGAUGAGAACUUAAAAGGGUCAACAUUCUGGCUUUCAAAGCUUAUAUAGCAUUCAGACAACUGACUAAAUGUAAUUUUAGGCUUGUUUGAAUCACAAUCUUCUGUUGAAACAUAAUGCAGAAAACGUCUGUUACGUAUAAAACAAGCAUCAGAUUAUUUUCACAUAUUUGUACUUUUUUUAAUGUAAAUUGUUUGGCAUUUGUUAUGAACAUGUUGAGAACGAAUGUGUAAAGCUUUCUUUUGUCAAGUGAUUUAAAAAAUGUAUGAACGGUUUAUGUUCUGCUGAUAAGCUAUUUGAAUGGUAUUUUUACUCUACACUUGCUACAUUGUAAUAAAAUAAAAUGGGAUUUAGUAACUUUUAUAAAA